AUGUCGACCACAUCAGAUGAAGGCGACGCCAGCUCAAGCGACUCCAGUCCACAGACGACGCCGGAGAAAUUCAAGAUGAGCAAGAAGCAGAGAUUGGAGAAGUGGAAGAGAGUGGGUGAAUCUGGUGGCGUUGGGAUCUUGGAGAAGGCCAGAGCGAGGUUGCGCGCCAUGAAACCCAAGGGCGACGAGCAGUCCUCAAAUCCGCCAAAGGCUCAGCCAGCAGCACAGACAGUUCCACCCGCCUCGAAGCAGCCCGUCACGUCCCUCCCUCAGCGCGCGCCAUCGAAGGUCGUCAAGCCAGCUCAGCGGCCAGCCUCCAGACCAUCGACUCGACCGGCCACCACUUUGCCAAGCAACAUCGACAGCGGUAACGCCGCGCGCGCCAUCGCAGCAUUUCGACAAGAACAGCGCCGCAAGCUCCCGCCAAAGGGCAUCUUCACCGCACCGCAGCCAGGCUUGAAGCGAGUCAUGCCAAUCCCGGUCCAUGCGCCACCGCCGCCGCUUCAGCAGUAUCGAAAUCCGCUCGCCAAUGCAUACUGGUCGUACAUACCUGCCAUGCGUGAAGGUAAUCCGGUAUCCGGCCUUUCGUCCGCGCCAUCAUUCAUGAUGAAUCCUCUUCAUGUUCCACAAGAGGAGCGUGUUGCUGAGCUUGUGCGGUUGCAUGAGCAGUAUCAACAGACUGGAGAGAUUGGCGGACUACCAAUAGCGACGCCAAAACAGCAGAGAGGUCCAGGAGUGGCGCGCGGAGGAUACUAUCAGUGGCACUGA